UAACGAUCGGAAAGUAGCAGCCUGGGUAGCAGACCUCAUUUCUUUGGAGGUGCAGAUCGGCCAAACUCGACGAAAAUCUUUCAGUUGAAUCGGUCAACCCCGCUGUGCCUCCUUUAAAUGGGCUUUUUAGUGCGCCAUACAUAGCAAGUCCUAUUUUCCAGGUUAAAGAACUGAAGAGAAAGAAAGCAGGUUUAAGGGGGAUAAUCCGAGUGAGAUAAUUUAGCUUUUUUUCCCAUCAAUCUAAUGAUUCAGACUGGCAAGUAAACAAGGACAAACUGCAUGUGUAACUGUUUAGGGGAGACUCAAGAAAAAAUAAAACAGCUGGGCAUGAUGACUGAGAAAGAAUCGGCAACAGACAACAUAAUAGCAGAUGCAAUGGCAACUCCCUCUCCGGCAAAGAGCAUGGGUGACCCUGGCAUCACCCCACUGUCACCCUCACACAUUCAGCAAAAUGACAUGGACUCGAAUGCCCACACGGGACCUUCGUUCAUCGUGGUGGUUGCUGUCGACUUUGGCACCACUUCCAGCGGCUACGCUUACGCCUUCACUAAGGAGCCAGAAUGCAUUCACACCAUGAGACGCUGGGAGGGCGGCGACCCCGGAGUAUCCAAUCAGAAGACGCCUACCACCAUCCUCCUGACCCCGGACAGGAAGUUCCAUAGUUUUGGCUACGCAGCACGUGACUUUUACCAUGACCUGGAUCCAACCGAGUCCAAGCACUGGCUCUACCUGGAGAAGUUCAAAAUGAAACUCCACACCACUGCGAAUCUCUCCAUAGACACAGAACUCCAUGCAGCCAAUGGGAAGCGAGUAAAAGCUAUUGAUAUUUUUGCAUAUGCUCUGGCGUUCUUCAAGGAACAAGCACUUAAGGAGUUAAGUGACCAGGCGGGUGCAGAGUUUGACAACACAAACAUCAGAUGGGUCAUCACAGUGCCAGCCAUCUGGAAAAUGCCAGCCAAGCAGUUCAUGAGGGAGGCAGCCUACAAGGCUGGUCUGGUUCCCCGGGACACCCCAGAGCAGCUGAUCAUCGCCCUUGAGCCUGAGGCAGCCUCCAUCUACUGCCGCAAGCUCCGCCUCCACCAGAUGAUUGACAUUGGCACCAAGACCACCCAGAAUGGUUUCAGCCCCAAUGAGAACGUGGGGGCAGGGAUGACCCAGGCCAAGGAGCCUGUCCGGAGCAAACGGCAGAGCCGCACCUUUUUGGUGGAAAAUGUCAUAGGGGAGCUUUGGUCGGAGCUGGAAGAAGGUGACCGCUAUGUGGUGGUUGACUGUGGUGGUGGAACGGUUGACCUCACGGUCCAUCAGAUACAGCUCCCCGAGGGACAUCUCAAAGAGCUCUAUAAAGCCUCAGGCGGUCCUUAUGGCUCCAUUGGUAUUGACUAUGAGUUUGAGAAGCUCCUGUGUAAGAUCUUCGGGCCCGACUUCAUCGACCAGUUUAAGAUUAAGCGGCCGGCUGCCUGGGUGGAUCUGAUGAUCGCGUUUGAGUCCAGGAAACGGGCGGCGGCCCCGGACAGGACCAACCCCCUGAACAUCAACCUGCCCUUCUCCUUCAUUGACUACUACAAGAAGUUCAGAGGUCACAGUGUGGAACACGCCCUGCGCAAGAGCAAUGUGGAUUUUGUGAAGUGGUCCUCCCAGGGCAUGCUGAGAAUGAACCCUGAUGCCAUGAAUGCCCUCUUCAAGCCCACAAUAGACCACAUCAUUCAGCACCUCACUGACCUCUUUGAUAAGCCGGAGGUGUGUGACAUCAAGUUCCUGUUCCUGGUGGGCGGCUUCGCUGAGUCGCCGCUGCUGCAGCAGGCGGUGCAGAACAUGCUGCAUGGCCGCAGUCGCAUCAUCAUCCCCCACGAUGUGGGCCUCACCAUCCUCAAGGGGGCCGUCCUCUUUGGCCUGGACCCCAGCGUCAUCAAGGUGCGCCGCUCGCCCCUCACCUACGGCGUGGGCGUCCUCAACCGCUACGUAGAGGGCAAGCACCCACCUGACAAGAUGCUGGUGAAGGACGGCACGCGCUGGUGUACCGAUGUCUUCGACACCUUCAUUGUGUGCGACCAGUCCGUGGCCCUGGGUGAGACGGUGAAGCGCAGCUACACGCCCGCCAAGCCCAGCCAGCAGGUCAUCAUCAUCCACAUCUACUGCUCGGAGAAGGAGGGCGUGGGCUUCAUUAGCGAGCCGGGCGUGAGGAAGUGCGGCACGCUGCGGCUGGAUGUGACUGGUACGGAAACCAGCGCCGCACGCCGUGAGAUCCAGACGCACAUGCAGUUCGGGGACACGGAGAUCCGGGCCAUGGCGGUGGACGUGGCCACCUCACGUACUGUCAAGGCUAGCAUCGAUUUCCUCGCUCAGUAAAUAGGGUGACAGAACCAGAGGGUCAAAAGGCCAUAGGAAGUGAAAUCUCCAGCAGCACAGCACACAAUGAACCAGAGGACAGUGGCUAGAAUACUGUAGCAGUAUAUUGAUCUUUAGGCCUGUUCAAAUUCCCUGUAGCAUGAUAAGUGCUAGUUUGUUUCUGCUUUAACUAACUCCUUGGUCAGAAACAAACAAGCUCUCAGGUUUUCUACCAUCUGUGUAUGUACUGUGUCUAGUCUUAAAUGCAGGCUAUAUUGAUGUGCUCUGCUCUAGAGAUUUACACAGACUUGCAGAAAUUGCUACUGAUACAUGCAGCCUUGUUUCAGGUUCAUUGUGUGUUAUCUGUAGUUGUGUGCUGUAGCUGUUUUAGGUCAUGCUAGAUGGAUACUGUAGUGGAUACUGUAGUACUCCUCUUACAGCGACAACUUCAUGCUAUGACACAAUGCUGCACAAACCUCAGUGUCCUCUUCAACCCUGGCUCAUGGGACCGUCUUUUCAUAACUCCUAUGAUUAUUAAGACAUUUAAAACCAAACCCCUGGGGCUUCCAUGAACAUGCAGUUAUAUACACUAGCAUUCAGAUACUUAACCUACUCAUCAGACCAGAGUUGUGAGUCAUGGUUGGAGACCACCUGAGAUGACAAGGGAAAGGCAGUGGUUCUCCAACAAAAACACUCCAUUUGAUCCGUUUUCAACAGUAAAACGUUACAGCAGGGGUGUCAAACUCAUUCCACGGAGGGCCGAGUGUGUGCAGGUUUUUGGUUUUUCCUUUCAAUUAAGACCUAGAUAACCAGGUGAGGGGAGUUCCUUACUAACUAGUGACCUUGAUUAAUCAAUCAAGUACAAGGGUGGAGCGAAAUCCCGCAGACACUCGCCCCUCCGUGGAAUAAGUUUGACACGUGCUUAACAGGGUAGCUUUCGAAUCUGUAUUUAUCUCUACCGUCUCCUGUGGUUCGGCCCAAGAUGUCAUAAAAAGGAGUUCUAUUACCAUACGAAAACAAACUUGGUGCAUUAGCUUUAAAAAUGUUUGGUCAAAUUUAGUCAGACAACAAUAUAUGUCAACAAUAUAUGUUUAAUGGUUUAUUGUGUACUGCGAACAAAUCUGUGUUGGAAAUAUAGAGAGACUAACAGCCACCUGUUUAGACACCAGGCUAAAGACAUUAAUUUCUCACAAACAACGUAAAAAUCCACCUCACUGGUUAAUAUGUUGCGCUGAUCCACAGCCAAAUAUAUAUCCUUGAAUGUGAAAAGUGGCAGAGUUGACAAUGCUGCUAGCUGAACCUGCAAACUGAUUUGAAUAUAACCAUUGCCAUGUGCUUUGUGCUUUGUUGUUGCCUUCAUUUGUUAUGCUUAUGAUUCAACGGAGGACAAAAAGCCACUUAAUUUCCUUUUUGAAUAUUUCAUAUACCGGAGAUUUCUGUACAAUUGCAGGCCCUUAAAAAGGAAAGAUUACAUUGAAAAUAUGUUUAUUUCUGUAAAUACAGUAUUUAAAUAUUGUACAGAUUUUUUGCGUUAUUAUUUUAGCAGCUUUAGAACAGAGAGUGUGUGCUUUCACGCAGACACCUUAUUUCAUUAUUCUCACCAGCCAUGCAUGGCAUGUCAAGGCAGAAUUUGAAUGGCAUAUUCAUCGACAAUGAGUGAAAGUGAACGUUGCCUGUGUGUUGCUCUGCGAUUGAAAAAAGAAACUUGAAUACCUUUGCCCUUAAAACAUGAGUGGUUAUUGUUAUGGAACAUGGAGUUUCUUUGGGUUGGGAAAACCCUUUAAAAAAAAUAAAAAUUAUUACAUGUUUUUAUUGUUAUUGGUAAGACAGGUACACAUGGACAAGAAACAAGUGACAAAACCAAACAGGACAAAGAUUUCCCCUUCCACAGAACUUCCCUAACCCAUAGUAUGAUUAGUGGUUCACAGUAGCAGUCUACAGAGUCAUGCGCUGAUGAAAGAGCAAUUACGUUUCUUUCACUACCGAUGUAGGAUCUUAAUUUGAUCCCUCUUUUGUUGAUGAGAAUUUUCCUGCACAGCAGGAAGUGCAAACUUGUAGUAUAUUCAAAGUUUAAAAAGGCUUCUAAAGUUUGUAAUUUCCACUUUAACAUUUCAUUAGCCCUAACUUAAAAUGUAUCAUACCCUACUAAAAAAUUUCCAUUAAUUAUAAUCCACAUAAUAACUCACAUUUCCUGUUGCUGCUGGAUUAUUUGACAAAUUGACUCAAAUUAAGAUCCUACAUCUGCAGCCUCAUGCAUACAUGCUACAGAUAUUUCCAUGUGGGUAAAUCAUUUUGUUUGCUGUGCAACUGUAAAUUUGUAUUUAGUUUAGAUUACAUUUUUUAAAUUGGUUUGGUUUAUGAAAAACCUGUAUUCUACAUUCAAAUGAUCGAUAGUAAAUCUUUGUUGGCUCUUUCUAACGACAGUAAUUGCCAAUUCAAAACUAUCCUUCAACCACCCUGCAAAUAAUAUAAAGUGACAGUUCCACAUCUCUGCCCUUCUCUCCCAAACAAUAGUAAUACAAGAGCAAUAACACCUUGCAAUUACAAGUGUUGUUCCUUACCACGAUUUAACACAACCAUGAAACAUUUUUGUGCUGUGAUUCCAUUUUAAAUCUGCUUCAAGGCUGCAGCUACUGGAAGUAGUAUCCCCUAAAUCAAGUAUCGAUGGAAGGAAACAGCAAAAUAAAAACAACUUGAUAUUUAAAGAUUUUGAAAAUCUAUAACCUUGUUCAAUGAAAAAUAAAGAUACAAUUAAUAGCUUUGCAAGUUAUAGCGCAGACAAUGCAGGAUAACCUUAUUUGUAGGUUUAUGGUCUUUCUUCAGUGUUCCUCUAUGAGAACCCUACACUAAGGGGUUUAAAACUCAUUUAAAUGAGAUCUUCACGGAAAACUCUGAAUUUAGGUUGGUCUCCGUUGAUUUGUUGAUGUGAAAAAGUGCACAAGCUUUGACCUAUGAUGCUGCCUAUGGCACUCUCCUGCAAUGCACGUUUUGCAUGAGUAACUCUUUACGAAUGGUGAGAAAACAUCAUUUCUAACAACACUUUUUUAGGUUUGAGGUUUAGGUGUGGCGAUAAUGUUACACCACCAUGUGUGGAGAAAAGUGUGGCCUUUUCAAAUCCAGAUGCGAGGACAAAUGAACCAUUAACUGUGAAGGCAACGUUUGUACAUGUCCCAAUCACUCAUCUCACCCACUGUUAUCAGAGCAGAUCUGUUCAAUCUAUGGAAAGCCCUGAAGUGCUUUCUCCAUCCUAAUAACUAAUAUCAUAUUAAUCUAUAUGUCAUGUUAAUCUAGCUGCACCUUCCCCAUCCCCACCAUUAUAUGGAGGUCAAUGUAUGACUACUAAGUUGAAGGAAAUAAAAAUACAUAAUUUUGUUUCUUUAAUGUAUUUCUACUUUGAUAAAUACCAUGUAUUUUGUGCAGCCUCCAGUAUAUUGUAAUGCACAAGAUGCUGUAUGUAGCUGCUUUACUGUAUACUCAAAGCUAUGUCAGAAUUGUAUGUUUAGCUAAAGUUUGCAUUGUAUGUCGUUUAUGAUGCAGAAGAAGAUGACAACUGGCACGCUAAAGAGAGUAAAUAUGUUGCAUUCUAUGGUAAUUUAUGAAUCUGGAGUUGAAUGGAUGGAUAGGCAAUUAAGGAGCAUAAUUGUAGCUAGCUUCUGCAUCCCAAAAUAGAAAGUGCUUAACUCUUAAUCUAGAUUUUACAAUAUUACAGGACAUACAAGUUCACUGCUACUUGAUUCUGUGCUUGUUGUAGAACAAGUGACUUCACUAUUCUGCCAAAUUUGACAUUCCUACUUAAUGUUUCACAAAUCACACAUUUUUCAGUUUAUCUUUGGGUUGACGCACAUGUGAUUUUUCUACUGUUGAGUUACAAGUCUCCUGCUCUUACCAUUUGAACUCAAAUGUGUUGUAUCCACAGCCAAACUGUCAUCCAAUAAAAUGUAGGUGUAUUUCAAAGAA